AUGCUGUAUCUAUGCAAAAAUAUAAUCGAGAAGGAGGAAAAGAAGGCAAGGAAAAAUAUCAUAUGCUUAAUGAACCAGCUAAAUGUGGAGCAUUUCUCCCUAUUCAACUACGGAUUGAGCAGUCCCUUUUUGUGCGAUAAACUAAAAACGGUGUCUAUCCUGGAUCUCUGCCUAUCGCACCUUCUCUCUGCCCUAACGUUUUUAGAAGCAUACCUCAAGCAACAUCUAUUUAACUUCCAAGGGAUGAUGAGAAGACGGAGAAAGAGACUAGGUAGCAUAUACUUCCGAUUUAAUGAUGAAGAGGAUAUCCAUUUUAUAAGUAGGAUGUAUAGUCGUAUCAUUAACGAGUUGAAUUUAUCUAACUUUGCUCCGAGAAAGAACCGAGUCCUACACAUCGUCAUAUAUGUAUACAAUAACAAGAAGGAGAACAAACAGUUUGUAAAAUAUAUUCGUAAAAUAUCUCGGUCCCUGUGGCGGUGCAAUUACGUAGUGCACUACUCCAUUCAAUAUUACAAGUAUAAGUAUUUCAACCGGUACUUCGAUAUCGACAACUUGUAUAGGGAUUACGUUGUGAACGUUCUGCUCACUCACCACAAGCUCAACCAGCGUCUGAUCGCGCGCCGAGCACUGCUCCCUCAGUAG